AUGCCGGUCAUCAAGUGUGUGUCGAAAAGGUUCGUGUUUGAUGGGUUGAGCAUCGCGGCUUUGAAGGCCAAGGCUGCGAGUGAGAGCGUACCACAGCCUACUCGACUUGAAGUGGUGACUGACCUGAUUUGGAAAUGUGCAAUAGCAGCAGUAUCUGCAAGAAGAAGACCAUCAUCAACGCCGUCAAACUCAGACGACGUCAAUGCACCACUAAUGCAACAUGUUCUGACUCAGGCCGUCAACCUUCAUAGAACAAUUAUCCAACCGCCGUUCACAGAAAAGUACUCGAUCGGAAACCUCUGUGUCAUUCUUUGUUGCAAAGUUGACAGUUCAUGA